AUGCCCAAAGCAAAACGAGAUAAAAUUAUUUCACUCACGAAAACAAAGAAGAGAAGUACCAAGGAACAAAAAACCAAACUCAUUGAAGAAAUCCGACAUGCGAUUGAAGACCACGAUCAUGUCUAUGUAUUGGAUUUUUCAAAUUGUAGAACGAAUCAUGUGAAAGAAAUUAGAAGAGAUUUUAUGGACUCCAAACUUUUCAUGACCAAGAAUAAAGUCAUGAGAGUUGCAUUAGGAACGAGUGAAGAAAACGAAACUGAACCAAAUCUUCAUCAUGCCUCUAAAUUCCUCACAGCAACAAGAGCAUUGCUCAUUACCAAUCGUGCUCCAGAACAAGUGAAAGAAUACUUUUCUAAUUUUGUGAGAAGCGAUUUUGCACAGGCUGGAUUUGUGGCCACUAAAACAAUUUCGUUGGAGGCUGGUCCAGUGGAGUGGAUGCCAUUUAGUUUGGAAGAACGAUUUCAACAAUUGGGAUUGCCUAUCGAAGUGAAGAAUAAGGUGAUUUGCAUUACGAGAGAUUUUGAUUUGUGUACUUUUGGAGAGCCAAUAACAGUUCAACAAGCAAAACUUUUGAAACAUUUUGGUCAUGAAUUGGCUGAAUUUAAAGCAAGUGUUGUUUGUCACUACGACAAAAAGAAGAAGGAAUUUGAGAGAUUUAUGGAAGAGCCUGAACAAGAUGGUGAGGAAGAUAAUGAAGAUGACGAUGAGAUGGAAGACCAAUAA